UAACCGAUUGCAUCUGCCUUAAACUAACAUGCGCUGGUGUGCUACGCAUUUCUAAAAUUCCCAGUUUUCAACCAACGCGCAAACAAAAGCAUCUCUUCGACUCUUCAUAGUUUCCCCCUUCUCUCUCUCUCUUGUUAGCUUGCGCGCUCUGCACUUCUGAAUCUGCUGCAAUGGCGUUUCCGUACAUGGAAUCUGUCGUAGGUUUUAUGAUUUUGAUGUAUAUUUUCGAAACAUACUUGGAUAUACGGCAACAUCGUUCUCUGAAGCUGCCUAACCUUCCUAAACCUUUGGAAGGUGUGAUCAGUCAAGAAAAAUUUGAAAAGUCCCGAGCUUAUAGCCUUGAUAAAAGCCAUUUUCACUUUAUUCAUGAGGCUGUAACCAUACUAAUGGACACCGCAAUUUUGUUUUUUGGUAUAUUGCCGUGGUUUUGGAAGAGAUCAGCAGAAUUUCUUAUCUACACCAACCUCAAUCCUGAGAAUGAAAUACUUCACACUCUUGCCUUUCUGUCCGGUGUUAUGAUUUGGUCACAGAUUACUGACUUGCCGUUCUCUCUGUACUCGACAUUUGUGAUUGAAUCUCGGCAUGGUUUCAAUAAACAAACAAUUUGGCUAUUCUUUAAGGACAUGUUCAAAGGAAUCUGCCUUUCUAUUAUACUUGGACCACCAAUUGUGGCUACAAUCAUUGUAAUAGUUCAGAAAGGAGGUCCAUACUUGGCUAUCUAUCUUUGGGGUUUUAUGUUUGUUUUGUCCCUUGUGAUGAUGACACUAUACCCUGUUUUAAUUGCUCCACUUUUCAACAAGUUUACACCUCUUCCUGAUGGAGAACUUCGUCAGAGAAUUGAGACUCUUGCUUCCUCACUCAAGUUCCCUUUAAAGAAGCUUUUUGUUGUUGAUGGAUCAAUGAGGUCAAGCCAUAGCAAUGCUUACAUGUAUGGGUUUUUUAAUAACAAGCGCAUCGUCCUUUAUGACACAUUGAUUCAGCAGUGCAAAAACGAGGAGGAAGUUGUUGCAGUUAUUGCCCAUGAACUUGGUCAUUGGAAGCUUAACCACACGAUGUAUUCAUUUAUAGCUGUUCAGGUUCUCACAUUUUUACAAUUUGGAGGAUAUACUCUUGUGAGGAACUCAAAGGAUCUAUUUGAGAGUUUUGGUUUUGAUACUCAACCAGUACUCAUUGGACUGAUCAUAUUUCAGCAUACUGUAAUACCUUUUCAGCAUCUUGUGAGCUUUGGUCUUAAUCUUGUGAGCCGAUCAUUUGAGUUUCAGGCUGAUGCCUUUGCCAAGAAGCUUGGUUUGGCCAAACCCCUUCGUGCAGGUCUUGUGAAACUGCAGGAGGAAAAUUUGUCAGCAAUGAACACAGAUCCAUGGUACUCGGCUUACCACUAUUCUCAUCCUCCACUUGUUGAGAGACUUGCAGCGCUUGAUGAAUCUAAUAAGAAAGAAGAAUGACAAAAGGGUGGGACCUACAGAAUGUCUCGAUGGCAAAUGAACAAAAAAGCAUUCUGCCACAACGGAAAGCUCAUUUCUUAUCGUGGCCGUGGCGGACCCCACUGCAAGCAUGAGAUGAGCAGCAAUCAAUUUUCUCGUUUCUCCUUCGAAAAUAGAAUCCAUUUGAAUUUUUCAAUUUAGUUGGAACUUGCAGUUGUGCUGUAUCACUAUCGAGUUAUAGGAGUCGGCAACACUUCUUUGGUUAACGCUCAAUACAGAAUGGAAAAAAGGAACAGAGGUUAGUGAAGCUUUGGUUAACGCUCAUGGUCAUAUGGCCGAGGCUCUUUUAGGUGGUA